AUGCAGACCGUUCCAAGUCUCGUUGGUUCUGGUACCGCGGUUGCUGCAGCGGCCCUCGGCCUCGUAUUCGCUCGCCCCGACGGUGAUCUACACCCAACAUCGGCCGUAAGAAGCAGGCCGAGGCCUCAUACCGAGUAUGGAGGUCCAUCGAGUCGUUCUCGACUGAGUAGCGCACCCGCUUCGUCUCGCCCGGGCACCAGCUCCGCUAGCCGUGUCCCGUACAUCAAAGAGACCCAAUACAACAAUAACAACAACAACAACAACAACAUAACCCCCCUCCCCGAUAACUUCAGCUCGGGCCUGCCGGCUGCGAACUCGACCGGCCAACAACAUCCCCAGAGCUCCCAAUUGACACCUCCCAGAGCCAACCAAAGAAGACAACCGUCAUCUCAGCACGGUGAUGCUGCUGAACAACCCAUCGCUGAAAACGCGCGUGACUCCGUUUCUUCCGCUGGCUCGUGGAUAAGACGCCUAUCUCUUCGGCCAUUGUCCCAACAUGGUAGCUUUCUCUCUAGCACCGGCCCAGACACCCAAUCCAUUGCCUUCUCGCACCGCUCGUCCGCACCUAUAUUGUCACCGACCGGGUCUGUUCCUGGCCCGCUGCCGCCCAACAAGCUGGUAAAACGCACUUCUUCCAUCCAGCCGAACGGCCCUGUAGCGCGGCCCUUGCCUCCAAAAUUCUCUUUCGAUCAGCAAAUUCUACACGAAGACGUCCCCAUGCUAUCUCCUAUAGAAGUACCAUCACUGAGUCACCAGGAAGAACCCCGCUGGGUGUCUUUGUUUCAUAGUCGGGCUGUCAACGUCAAUGUGAAGGGUAACAGGGCAACACCCGAGCGUGGUCUGGACCGCUCAUCACCGCCUCUUUCCAAACGUAUUCGGGCAUUCGUGGGAGAAAAGAAGACCGUCUACCUUGUCAAGGGCGGAAUGAUUGCGGCACCGUCUGGUCCUGUCGAGGCGGCCUUCAUGUCGGACGAUUCGACUGGACCCGGGCAGGACCUCCACGAAUUGGAGAGGGACAACUCGACCUCGGAAGGGACACCGGCGAAGAGUCUCAGGCGCUCCAUCUCAUUUACCUUCUCGCCAAAUAACCCUUUUUCAAGGGCUGGUAGUCUUCGCCGACCGAAACGCGGCGUGGAUCCGAAAGGAGAAAACAAUGCACGGCACGUAUCUGCGCCCAUGCCACAAGGAGUGGCUCGCAGCUUCCUUGAUAACCCCGCGGGUCCUGCAAGUGAUGCAGGUGAACUGCAACCAACUCCGCUGCGCCAUGCGGACGGCGGUUCUGCCCCAUCCAGUCGCCCAAUGAAGCGCUCGCGCAAUGCGUCCUCCCCGCUGCCCCCUUUGUCCCAUAUUUCGACUUUCAACUUCGACGUAUCAAAGGGAGUUCCGCCGCCUGCGGUCCAAUUAUCUCAACCCGACUCUGCCACUGCAGGCUCAUUGUACUCAGCAACAACAUCGUCUCUCAGGAUGCGCAGACAAGGCCGUAGCUCUACCCUGAACAGCUCCGACAUGGAAGUCAGAGGCUUUCAAUCCGGCGAUGACGAUGACACAGACUUCAAGAGCGACACCAUGACCAUGUUCGACUCGGUACGGACCAUGGCUUCGGGUCGCAACCAAGCACCGGAAAGCCCGGCUGAAUCCAUGUUCGACGAAUCACCCCCGAGCACCGCAGUAAAGAACAACAGAACCAAGCGUUUGUCGAUCCAGGAAAUUCUUGGCCGGGCUUGGGAAGCAGACGACAGAAUAAUGGAGGAAGAUGAGAGCAUACCGACACCCGUACGAGAACGCCAGGAGCGAAUAUUCCUUCCCGAUACGGACGCAGAAGGCCCAGCUGCUGAUCGUCUUGGGCUUGAACGCCCCUCUCUCGAUUUGUCUGUAUCGAACAGAGACGUCUCGCGAUUCUCCUUUGACGAUGAAUUCGACGACGAAUGGGCUCGUGAGGAAGAAGAGAUGGGGUUUGGUAAUCAUCUUUCACCGCCCGGGUCAACGAAUUCUCGCGGUGUCAGCUCCAACCUGCGCCUCGCCCUAGCUGAUGGCACCGGUGAAGAGGUCGUCGGCGUUCCUCGCGGUUUGCGGGCGGCUGAACGACCACGAAGCAAUAUCUUCGACUGGACCGAAUCGGUUACUGAUAAGGUCGAUGCCGACGGUCACUUCCUCCGGCCCAGGACGGUCCAUGGGAAGCACGAAAUGGACAUGCGAGGCGGCCGCCCGUCGAAUCGGAAGGGACCUUUCGCCGCCCACGUUCGAAGCCAAAGCGUUCCGGCUCUGUAUGAGCCACCAGACGCGGCCAAAGGAGCGUCUCAAAAGUACGGCACUUGGGGCCUGGGCACCAAGGGAGCGAGUGAAGACUGGGACGACGAUUUCGAGUUUGGUAGUGCCGACUCCGGUGAAGGCAUAGAUUGCGAGGACAAUUUUGCCAUGGUCGUCCCCGCGUCCAUUCAGGCUUCCCAGCCUAGUCUGAAGCAGCAUUCCGGUCAAAUUAGGGAGCUGUCACUACUAGUCAACGACCUCAAACGACUUUGUCGCCACGGCCGGGAUCUGGACCUUGUAAACGGAACUCAUGCCGGCCUUUGGAAGGAAGCGGAGGGCAUCAUCACCCUCGCAUCUCCAGACGAGGACGAAUUGGAAGGCAUGGAUGUUGAGUCUUCCGAACUGGAUUUCGAGCACUCAAUUCUCAGCGAGCGGGCGGCGGAUGAGGAGCUUGAUCCCGACCUUCUGAAGAAACUGGAAGAUCCAUUCGAGACCCCACCAGACCUUCGCAUGGCCAAAACGACGGUGAUUCGCGAGCGGCCAUCCGGACGAAGACGGUCGGUCUUCUCCCCGGAUGACGAUAUCUUCGGCGGCGGCAACAUGUCUACUGUCGACGCGAGCAAUUCCUCGCGGCCAAAGACACCUGAAAACAACAUUAAUAUGGGUGGACGCGACGUGACCGAUAUCGUCAAGUCGGUGCUGGACGCCAUGCAGCAACGGUCUACUUCAGGUUCUUCUCACGCUUCCGGGGGGGCCGAUGAUAAGGUGCACUUUGGGACCAACAACCUCAAGGCACUGGUUAAACGAGCAAGCGACCUAAGGGACAGCCUCUCGGAGGUGAUUCGACGUGCGGACCAGAUCACGCAAAGCCCAGCGCGAACCCCUCGGCGAUCGGACCGGGGCAAAGAGAGCCCAGCAUUCACCCGCGUCUUUACACCGGAAUCGCGGUCUUCUUCUAGCCCACCCAGACGUCUUCCCCACAGCCGAAGCAGCAACUCAGCACUCGGCCGCGUGGCACACGAUGCGUCCCCUUCCAGUGGUCUGUCUCAGCGGAUGCAGAUGAUGACAGUCAGCUAG